UGCUCAAUCCCUGAAAUUCAAACCCUGCAUUUCUCUUUUAGAAACCCACAAAUAAUACUAAUAAUAAAUAAGUGAUGGGGUUUCCGGCUAAUGGCUCUUCGGAGAAACCAUUGAAGUUUCUGAUCUACGGUCGAACCGGUUGGAUCGGCGGCUUAUUAGGUAAACUCUGCGAAUCCAAGGGAAUCGACUACGUGUACGGUUCAGGCCGUUUGGAGAACCGGAUUUCUCUUGAGUCGGACAUAGCCUCCGUGAAUCCGACCCAUGUUUUCAAUGCUGCCGGUGUCACCGGCCGUCCGAACGUCGAUUGGUGCGAAUCCCAUAAGGCCGAGACCAUCAGAACCAAUGUGGUCGGAACUCUUACCCUUGCCGACGUUUGCAGAGAAAAAGGCCUCAUCUUGAUUAACUAUGCUACGGGUUGCAUCUUUGAGUACGAUGAGGCUCAUCCGAUCGGAUCAGGUAUCGGGUUUAAGGAAGAGGAUACUCCAAAUUUCACCGGUUCCUUUUAUUCUAAGACCAAAGCCAUGGUGGAGGAAUUGCUCAAGAAUUAUGAUAAUGUGUGUACAUUGCGAGUUAGGAUGCCUAUUUCAUCGGAUCUAACCAAUCCCCGAAACUUCAUCACGAAAAUUGCCCGAUACGAUAAGGUGGUUAACAUCCCUAACUCGAUGACUAUCCUUGACGAACUUCUUCCCAUUUCCAUCGAGAUGGGCAAGAGGAACCUGACUGGAAUUUGGAACUUCACAAACCCUGGAGUGGUGAGUCACAAUGAGAUUUUGGAGAUGUACAGGAACUACAUUGACCCCAGCUUCACCUGGAAGAACUUCAAUCUCGAGGAGCAGGCUAAGGUUAUCAUUGCCCCAAGGAGCAACAACGAGCUCGAUGCCAACAAGUUGAAGAUGGAAUUCCCCGAGCUCCUCUCGAUUAAGGAGUCUCUUAUCAAGUAUGUUUUCGAGCCAAAUAAGAAGACCGCCGGAGCUUCUUGAAAGGUGAACCGAGAGAAUAGAGACUUGUCUCAUGAAGUUUGUCUAUAAAGGUGAGCCGAUAAACUAGUGGAGCUUGAAGUUCUAAGGUUAUGAAAUCAUCGAUUUUCCUUUCUUUUUUCUAUUUAUGAAUUUGGUUCAUGUGGGUCGAUGUAGAUGGUAAUAAUCUCUGUGAUAGGCACACACCUCGUCCCGGAUGACACGAAGGAUUGUUGGCAUUUUGAAUUUGAAUGUUGUAUUCUUAUGAACCUUUGAAUAAUACGAGUUGAAAAUGGUUUUAUUUAA